AAACUACCUAUCAACAUGUACUUAUUUAACCCAACUCCUAGCUCUGUCCGAACACAAACUAUAUCACUCAUCCCUCACAAAACACAACACAAGUCCUCAAAAUCGUACAGCUCCUUUGCCUUUCUUUUUUUUCUGUCUCCAAUGGAAUCAGAACCCCUAACCGACACGACAGGAGGACCAAACCAGGACGAGACCAAGACCGAGUCAUCAGAAUUCGAGAAGAAUCAAGAACGGUACAAAGCUCUAAUCUCCACGUUUACUCACGAGAAAGGCUGGAGGCAGAAAGAAGCCUAUAUCGAGUACGGUGGUAGCUGGUGGACACAAUUCGUUCUCGAAGGCUGCCUUCACGCGCAAGAAUUCUUUAAAGCACGACCCAACCACUUCUUCGUCUGUAGCUACCCAAAGACAGGUACCACUUGGCUCAAAGCCUUAACUUUUGCAAUCGUAAACCGAUCUCGCUUCGACCAUUCCUCGAGCCCUCUCCUCAGACGUACCCCUCACGAGCUUGUUCCUUACAUUGAGUUCGACGUCUCUUCCUUCCCUCAAGUCGAUGUUCUCAACGACAACGGUAACAACACUCUGUUCUCAACUCACAUCCCUCACGAGCUGUUACCGGUCUCGGUUGUGACGUCACGUUGUAAGCUGGUUUACAUCUGGAGAGACCCAAAGGACACUUUCAUCUCCCUAUGGACAUUCCUCAACAAAGCAAGGGCAGAACUUGGUUCUGUAAACAAUCUCGAGGAGUCUUUUGAUAUGUUCUGUCGAGGUCUUUCUUGGUACGGUCCUUAUCUUGAUCAUGUCUUGGGGUACUGGAAAGCUUACCAAGAGAAUCCGGACAAGAUUUUGUUCCUCAAGUACGAGUUUAUGAGAGGUGGUCCUUUGCCGUAUGUGAAGAAGCUAGCUGAGUUUAUGGGGUUUGGAUUCACACCAGAGGAAGAGGAGAAAGGGGUCGCUGAGAAAGUUAUGAAUCUUUGCAGCUUCGAGACAUUGAAGAAUCUUGAAGUAAACAAAGAAGAGAAAGAGAGGGAAAAUCGUGCUGCUCUUUAUGCGAAUAGCGCUUUUUUCAGGAAAGGUAAGGUUGGAGACUGGUCUAAUUAUCUGACUCCAGAGAUGGCUGCUCGUAUUGAUGGUAUAAUGGAUGAGAAAUUCAAGGAUACAGGUUUGCUUGAACAUGGUCAAUGACAGGGUCUUGAUCUUUAUGCUCCUUUUGCCAGUUCGAUUCUAUUAUGUAAUAACAAGUUAUAUAUUUGAACAAAUGAUAAAUCUUGAUUAUGUUUUA